AUGUCCUGCGCCGCCUGCUUCACCGGCACGCCCCAAACCGCAACGCCUCGAGGCACCUACUCCCACCUCUACGGCUGUCGCACGUACACCGCCACGCCAACCGACCCGCAUCCUAGCGGUAGUGUAAUCCUCUACCUGCCCGACUUCUUCUCCCACAAACUCCCCAACAACGCCCUCCUCUGCGACGCCUAUGCCGGCGCUACCGGCUGCACGGUCGUCUUCCCAGACAUCGUCAUGUGGGGCGGCGUCGAUCCGUCCUGGAUGCCCUUGUUCGAGGUCUUUUAUGGCACUGAGCCUGUGAGCUGGUGGUGGAAGGUUGUGUGUGCGGUGAGACUUUUGCCGAUGGCGCCGCAGUUUCUGCUGGGGAUGCCGGAUCGCGCGUAUCCAAGGGUGGUGGCGUUCGCGAGGGCACUCAGGGAUGGCAUGGGGGAGGAGGCGAAGUUGGGAGUCGCAGGGUUUUGUUGGGGUGGGUUUGGGGCGACGGUUUUGUGUAAAGAGAAAUAUUUGGGUCUGGAUGGGGCGGAGAGGAGGUUGGUGGAUGCGGCGUUUACGGGCCAUCCGUCCAAAUUGAACAGUCCGAGGGAUGUGGUUGAGGCGGUGGGGAGCGGGGUGCCGUACAGUGUUGCUGUGGCGGACAUUGAUUUUAUGUUUGAUAAGAAGGUGUCGGAGGAAGCAGAGGCGGCGUUGAGGGGAAAGUAUGGGAGCAGUGGGGAGGGUGGAAAGGUGUGGGAGUUGAGGGUCCAUGAGGGCGCGCAUCAUGGCUUCUGUGUCAGGGCGAGGGAAGGAGUCAAGGCGGAUGAGCAAGGGCGGGAAGCGGCGUUGCAGCAGGCGGUGGAGUGGUUCAAGAAGUAUCUGCUUUGA